UAUUUAAUAUUACUUAAAAAUCUUACGUAAAGAAUUCUAAAAAAGAUUCUCUUUUUUAAUUCUUCUUUCUGAAAUGUUAUUUAUAUAAAAGAAACUGAGAAAAAGGGACUCUAAGAUACUAUCGAGUUCGAAUUUUUUUAUAUUUAAAAAAUUAUCAGUUAUUAUUAAUUCUCUCUUUGUUCACGAAUGUUUUUCUUAUUGCAUUCAUAAAGCAUAUAUUGUUGACAUAAAAAAUAUUUCUGUAUGAAUUUGACAAGUUCUGAGGAAUUCUAAUGAGGGGUAUGUAACUUUCUACGUUAUUUUUUAACUAUUUUUCUACGAAUUCCCGAAUUCUACGAAUCAUAAUUCAGAAAGAAAGAAAACUUUAUGAAAACUUUUAAAAUGAACCGUUCUAUCUGGCUAGCGUAAUUGAUACGCAAGUUGAUACGCAGAGAUGAAGAUAUGCAAAUCGAGAUCGAGUACCGAGAGAGACAAGAAUAAUCUUCACAACGUGACAUCAAAACGUUCGAAUGGUAAUUCGGGCUGAGAGACCUUCAGGCAUAUAAGACGCUCGAGCGGGAGAGAUGCUCAUUUUCGCGCUAAUUACAAAGCGCACUCGCGUUUCCACUCGAAAAGCUUCCACGAUACACGUGUUCUCUCGACGUCGUACGGCACGGAAGAAAAAGGAAAGGAAGUCUUGUGUCGUUUGUGUCGUGUAAUUCCCAUAAAUGGCAAGAAAAUUACCAUAUGUGAAAGGCCAUGCAUAUUUUGAGAGGAACCCGAUAGCCCAUAAUGCCAAUUGGCCAAUUUAAUAUAAAAUCUUCUAAUUGAUAGUUUACCAGAAAAUCUCUAGGCAUUAAUUGAUAUGAUUGAGCGUUGCUGAUAUGAUCGAGAUGUGUGCUAACGGGACCUUUCCAUAUUUUUAUCUCAGCGAGAUCUCACGUCUUUUUUUCUCAUCAUUCCUCCUUCACGUCUUGUCUUUAUCUAUUGCUCUUAUAUUACAAUGGUAUUAAACACUAGAUUUAUCUUUGCCGACUUGUACUUUUUUUUUCUUUAUUGACUCUUCGUUGUCACACCUCUGUCACAUAAUACGAUUGUCAAUACUGGAUCCAGUGGACCCUGUAUGAAGUUCGUUGUACGUAGUAGUUCAAAGGAUCAGAGAUAUUAAUGUUAAAAAAUUUAACAAUAUACUUUACGAUUUAGAGAAUGUAUUUCAAUUAUUCACAUGGUAAAAUUUGAUUAUUUAGUAUUAGAUUAAAUAGUAAAAAAAAUGAAAAAUUUAGAAAUUUGUAAUUUUUUCGAAAAAAAAAAAAUCGUUUUUUUUAUUUUUAGAGUUAGUUUUAAUGCUAAGAGAAUACUUCAAAAGAUGGCUUCAUAAGUAUCAUUUUCUAUUUUCCAUAAAAGAUAUGCUUUAUCAAAGUGAAAUACAGGGUCCACUGGACCCACUGAAAUACGUAUACUGCACUGACGGUCUAAACGCGAGAGAAGGAUAAACGAUUAAAAGGGUAUACACUUCUCCUUGUCGUACAGUCUAGUUAAAAAGCUUAAAACAAAAGUUCAGACUCUUGCAUCACAUCUGAUAUGUCAUAUAAUGUCAUAUAAUGACUCACAUUUCGUCAUAGAGCAUGUAGUUUUAACUCAGUGAGAAAUAGUGUGCUUUCUAGCAAGACACAGUGUAACAGUGUCCACUAGUGUGAGAAAGAACAUAUCAGUGUCUCACUCACACUAGUAGGCACUGUGUUACACUAGCUGUGUCUUGCUGGAAAGCACACAUGAUGUUCGAAAAAAAUGUCGGACGACAUCGAUUUGAUGGCUUUUUGACCAGGGCCCCAAUUCUGUACCGCAUCAGUACCGCAUACCGACAACUAUCGGUGUCGUUGCGCAGAUUUUUUGCCAUAUAAAAUAUCUGCGCAACGAUACCGAUACUUGUCGGUAGGCGGUACAGAAUUGAGCCCCAGUGUUUUUGAUGCAUUCGAUGUCGAUUGACAUUGAUUUGAUGUCUUUUCAAUCUUUAUUUCUCAUCAUUGUACGCAUGCAUAGAAAAUUAAAAAAAAAAAGAGAAAUACUCUUUUGAUAGAAGUCUGUCCUUCCCUCGCAUUCCGUUUAUGGCAUAUGAAUGCCAGUGACAUUUUCAGUUGAAAUAUACCUAUAUUUCAGUGGAUGAAUCCUAUGUGACAAUGAAGGAUUAAAACUAUAAAAAGAAGGCAACUUAAGUAUCAUGGAGAAAGUACACGUUUAAAAUGCAAGCAAAAUUAUGCAGGAUAUAAAUGGCUGUGCCUUAUAAAUCUCCAGAGGUGAACACUACUUUGAGCAAGGAAGAGAUUCAUAAGAGAUUCCAAGAUACCGCGAAGAUUAUAUUUCAGGAGGAACAAGACAGAAAGAAAGAACUCGUCAACUACCUUAGUAUUGGUAACAGUCGCAAAACAAUAGUAUAUAGUAACAAUGGAAAUGAUCCCGUUAUCAUACGCAGACCUGCAGAUUAUGCGAAUGCUCACUCAUCGCAGACGUCACAAGAACAUCACAAACCAAACGAUUGUAUGAUAACGUAAAAAGUAAAAAAUAUUGUAAUUAUUUACUCAAUAUAUUUAGUUAUUAACAUGUCAA